CCACUUACAAACAGCAACGUAAAAAACAAAAGAAGAAAGGGAAGGUUUCUUACUUGUAAAGUCUACCCCUCUCUUAUUUCUCUCUUUCUCUCCUCGAGGAGAGAUAGAGAGGUCUAAUUCUAAUUAGAUCUUUAACCCACCAUGCCAUUCAAAUCCCUCAACUGUAUCAUCAUCGCAAUGUUGUCUGGUUUCGGCUUUUUAAUUCUCUUCUUUUCUGUGUUCUUUGAAUUCCCAUUUGUCUCUUCGAUACACUCUAUUGGCAUUUCCAAAGUAGCAAUUAAGCGUAACCCAGAUCCUUUCAGGGAUUUGUUGGGUGCUUUCAAAAAAUGGGAUUCUGAAGUGGGUUGUGCUCAGUUCAGGGAAAAGAAUAGACAAUUGGAUCAGAAUAUUUCUUCUUCUGCUUCUUCUCUGCAAGAUGUUGAUGGUUUUGUUGACUGUGGAGCGAUGAAGAUGAAACAUGUAAGCGUUCUAGUUAAAGGGUGGACUUGGAUUCCUGAUAAUUUGGAUAAUUUGUAUUCCUGCCGGUGUGGGUUGAGCUGCUUAUGGACCAAGUCCCCUGUUUUGGCUGAUAAGCCUGAUGCAUUGCUGUUCGAGACCAGCACGCCUCCAUUCAUGAGGCGAAAAGGUGAUCCACUUCGGGUAUAUAUGGAUCUCGAGGCUGGGAGGAAACGGUCUGGCCAUGAGGAUAUUUAUAUUAGUUAUCACGCUGAUGAUGAUGUACAGUCAACUUAUGCUAGUGCCCUGUUCCAUGACAAUCGAAAUUAUCGCCUGUCCACUUACAAGAACAAUGACACACUUGUUUACUGGUCUUCAUCAAGGUGCCUUUCUCACAGAAACAACCUUGCCCAGAGUCUUCUCAAAUUGCUGCCUUACCACUCAUUUGGCAAGUGCCUGAACAAUGUGGGAGGCCUGGAUGUGGCACUUGAUCUCUACCCUGAUUGUGCAAAUGAUGUCAACUCUGCUCCAAAAUGGUGGGAUCAUCUACACUGUGCCAUGUCACACUACAAGUUUGUUCUUGCAAUUGAGAAUACCAUGACUGAGAGCUAUGUAACAGAGAAGCUAUUUUAUGCCCUAGAUUCAGGUGCAGUCCCCAUCUACUUUGGCGCUCCAAACGUGUGGGACUUUGUCCCUCCACAUUCAAUUAUAGAUGGGAAUAAGUUCAGCUCCAUGGAGGAAUUGGCUUCCCACGUGAAGGCAGUUGCGGAUGACCCAGUUGCCUAUGCAGAGUAUCAUGCUUGGAGGCGGUGUGGAGUAUUAGGUAACUAUGGGAAGACCCGUGCGGCAAGCCUCGACACACUACCAUGCCGACUGUGUGAACUUGUAAGUAGAAAGGGUGGUAGAAAUUAUAGAACACUAUGAAAGUUCUGGUCUCUUUGUUCCAUCCUUGUGGGAUGUUACUUCUUUUGUUCUAUUGGUAUUGUGGUAAUCAGAGGGACAUGCAUAGUUAAGGUCUUGUCUUAAGUAUGACCUCAAAGAGAUCUGAUUGAAUGGGCAUGAAUUCAUGGAGCCGAUCCCAUUUAGUUGAGAUUUUACUAAUAUUUUGUGUUGUAUUCUUUUUUUUUAAUUUUUUUUUUACUUUAAUUUUACUUUUCUUUUAUUGUCUUUGAUCAUAUCCAUGUAGCCAAGUCAUGGAUCCAUUUAGUUGGAACAAGGCUGAGUUGGUUGUAUUGUAGUAAUUGGUUAUCUUAAAAUGUAUACACGGAAAACUGACUGUCAGGAAUUUUAGUGGAAUUUUUUUCCAGACUUCUUUUAUUGUAA